AUGGUAUAUUUAGAAGGAAGAUGGCACCUGCUGGACACCACAUGGGGAGCUGGCCAUGUUGACGAGAACAUAAGCAAGUUCACCUUCCAGUACAAUGAGUUUUAUUUCUUGACCCAUCCGGCUCUCUUCAUUGGAGAACAUUAUCCAGAACAAGCAGAUUAUCAACUGCUGGACCCAAAAGUGACCAGCAAAGAGUUUGAACAGUUUGUGCACCACAGAAGUCAUUUUUAUAACCUAGGCCUGAUUUCCUCUCAGCCUGAAGCAGCUGUUAUAGAAACAGAUAAAGGAAAAGCCACCAUUACUAUUGCAGGCCAGCACAAAAUGGAGUACAUCUUCAGCUUAAAUGAAACAGAAGAUAUGGGUCUGCUAAGGCUGAUGGAGCAUGAAGCCAGAGUUUAUGUUUAUCCUCUAAAGACUGGGCAACAGGUUAUACAAAUUUAUGCCAAGAGACUAUAUUUAGUAGAAGCUUAUCAGCUGGUGGUGGACUACAGAAUACACUGCAAAAGUUUAGACAGCAAGAUAAAGAUUCCCAAGUGUCUCCAUAACCCUGCUGGUCCAAGCUGGCUCUCAGAAGAGUCAGGACUCCUCCAUCCAUCACACAAUGAUCCCAUUAUUUACACAGAAGAUGGACUCUGUACUAUAAGCUUUACCUCGGGCAAGGAGCUGAAACUCACAGCCAACCUCAGAACUGAUGAAGUGAAAACUAUUCUGAACCAUAUCAUGCAAAGAGUGCAGGACAAGAUGGUGGAGUUCAGUGUCUAUCUUCCACAGGCCGGCACAUAUGUUCUCCAAAUAUUUGAGAGUAGUAAAGGGUAUCUCUGCAACUAUCUAAUAAUUUGUCAAAACACCAAAGUGAAAUGGCCACCUUAUCCUGAAAUACUUCGUAACCCUGUUGGCCCAAACCCAGAGACAGAGAAAGCUGGUCUUCUUCACCCUUCACAUCUAGAUCCAGUCAUUCACCAAGAAGAUGGACUUUGCACCAUUAGUUUCCAAACCAACACGGAACUAAAGUUUAGUGGCAGCUUGAAGUCUGAUAAAAUGGAGCCCAUCAUGAACCAGAUUAUACAGAGAACAGGGAAGGAUAAAGUUGAGUUCACCAUCCGUCUUCCACAAUAUGGUUCUUAUGUUUUCCAGAUAUUUGGUGAAAAUAAAGGCUUAAUCUGUAAUUAUCUAAUACGAUGCUCUAACCCAAAAGUAAAAUGGCCACCAUUUCCUAGCAUGCUUCACAACCCAGUAGGUCCAAAUCCAGACAUAGCAACAGCUGGACUGCACCAGCCCUCACAUCUGGAUCCAAUCAUCACUACUGAGGAUGGAUGUUUUACCAUUACCUUCACCACAGACCGGGUAUUAAAGCUAAGAGCCAGCUUGAAAUCCGAUGAUGUACAGAUUGCACCCAAUGUUAUGUAUAUUCUUCAGACCAUACAGAAGCAGAAACUAGAGUUCAAUGUGCGUCUUCCUCGUGCAGGUUCCUAUGUUUUUCGGAUAUUCGAUGAAAUUGCUGGCUAUAUCUGCAAUUAUUUAGCCACAUGUUUGAAUCCCAAGGUAAAAUGGCUUCCUUUCCCUUCUAGUCUACAUAACCCUGUGGGCCCCAAUCCAGAGACAGAGAAGGCUGGGCUUUUUCAGCCUUCACAUCCAGACCCUACCAUUCAUACUGAAGAUGGAUGUUGUACUGUCAGUUUCACAUUAAUGCAUGAUUUAAGCAUUUUCCCCACGCUACACUCCGAUGAUGUACAAAUGAUGCCAGAGAUGGAGCACAGGCACGUCUUUCAAACGAAGACAGAAGGCAGCGUGCAAAUCAAAGUCCGUCUUCCACAGUCAGGGACUUAUGUCCUACAUGUAAACAUUAUGCCAAAGAACAGUAACAUGUACAAACAUCAGUGUAACUAUCUCAUCACUUGUACCAAUACUGCUGUGAAAUGGCCGGUGUUUCCAUUGGUGUAUACAGGCUGGUCUGAAAGUUACGAACUUGUCCAGCCUCUGGAGGGCGUUCUACCCAAAGACAGUGAUGUCUUCUUCAAGCUAAAGAUUUCUGACGUAGCUGGAGUAGGUGUAAAGGGGAAAAGUUCCUUCCCUCUGACCCUCACCGAGGAUGGUUACUGGGAAGGCACCUGCAAUACAGCCGAUUGUAAAUACAUGUAUGUCUCUAUCAGUUCUAAAGACAAUCCAGAGAUCUGGACAUUUAUUCUUCAGUAUCAUGCAUUUGCCAUGGUCCUGGGUCCUCCAGAAGAGCGGGGGGAGCCCGAAAACCACAGCCGGGAGGGGGCUGACCAUGGGGGACGGACCUUGGAAGAGAGCGGUGGACCUUGGAGGGGAGGUGUGGGCGGGGGGGAGGGGAUAGAUGAGCUGGCUGCUGUGCAAUUGAUACGGACCGAGCACUAA